AUGGCGUUUCCAGCUACAAUUGUCAUUCUUCCUUUAGGCACUCUUUUCAUUCUUUCCGGCCUCAUUGUUAACGUAAUUCAGGUUGUCGUCUAUGUCCUUUUUCGUCCAAUAUCAAGGUAUUAUUACAAAAAAAUAAACAAAGUUCUCACAGAAGUACUGUGGUUGGAGCUCGUAUGGUUAGUUGAUUGGUGGGCAGGCGUCAAGAUCGAACUAUACGCAGAUUCAGAAAAUUUUGAAAUAUUUGGUAAAGAAAAUGCACUUCUGAUCUGCAACCAUAGGAGUGAUAUUGAUUGGCUCAUUGGAUGGGUCUUAGCUCAGCGUGUGGGUUGCCUUGGUAGCACUGUAGCCAUUAUGAAGAAAGAAGUCAAAUACCUUCCUGUUCUAGGUUGGUCAAUGUGGUUUGCUGAUUUUUUAUUUCUGGAAAGAAAUUGGGCUAAAGAUGAACAAACAUUGAAGUCAGGUUUUAAGCAGCAAGUGCGCAAUCCAGUGCCUUUUUGGUUGGCUCUUUUUGUCGAAGGAACUCGCUUUACAAAGUCAAAACUUAUAGCAGCUCAAGAAUUUGCUACUUCAAGAGGGAUGCCUAUACCGAGAAAUGUUUUGGUUCCUCGUACUAAGGGUUUUGUCACGGCUGUAACACAAACGCGAACAUUCAUUCCAGUCAUAUAUGACUGCACAUUUAUGGUUUCAAAGAGUGAGCCUUCACCUACAAUGUUGAAAAUAUUUAAAGGCAUUCCUUCUACGGUGAAGGUUCAAGUUAAGCGUCACAAAAUGGAGGAACUUCCAGAAACAGCUGAUGGCAUUGCACAGUGGUGCAAAGACAUUUUUAUUGCCAAGGAUGCUUUACUGGAGAAAUAUAAUACUACAGACAUAUUCAGUGAACUCGAACUUCAAGAAACUCGCCGGCCUAAAAGUUCUAUAAUGGUUAUGCUAAGUUGGUCUUGUCUUCUUGGAUUCCUUCUUUACGAAUUCUUCAAGUGGUCUUCACUACUCUCCACAUGGCAAGGAAUUUUGUUUACAGUACUUUUCCUGGUAAUUGUAUCAGUUAUUAUGGAAAUGCUCAUUCAAUCAUCUCAAUCAGAAAGUUCUAAACCCGCCAAUUUACCUAUACAAGACCCUAUCAAGCAGAGGCUUCUUCAGACAUGA